GCGCCUGUUGAGCUACCGUGGGAAAAUGCUAAUUGGUCGCGCUAAUGAGCUCGAUGUUUGGAAGAUUGAACUCACCCCCCCUCCUUUCGCGACCCCUUCAUCUGCCUCGAGUCCCUCACCCCUCUGGCUAUUUGAGACGCGUUUCUUACUGCAUAUUACACGUGUAAAGACCUUCACUAUGUCCGAUCUCUAUACGGCCCUCCGUUUAUCACCCAGGAAGAAGCGUACUCUGCCAGAGGAUGAUGACAACGUCCUGACUCCCAAGAGGCUUAGACACGCCCCGCCUACCCCUCCUGCGACAGUGACGCGGAGGACGGUCAAGGCCAAACCCGCUGCGACACCCUUACCAUCCCAUUUAGCACGUCUGCAUACACUUCAGACAGCACUCCAACACGCUCUUUCACAUGCACUCGCGACUUGUGCAAUAUCACCAACUUCAGAUACCGGCAUUGUCCGCAAUGUCCUAAAUCAUCAUUCACUCAGCUCGUACUCGGGCUUAACCACUAAAUUCGAAAUUGACGACUUGAAACGAUUAUGCUGGCUAUGGGAGUGGGAUGGUGAAAAGUUACCGUCUCCAGCUUCCAAACUUAAGACCAUCGCUUCCAGUGACGAUGGCGAUAAGAACCCGUUCCUCGAUGAUGACCCUGCACCUCUUCCAAAACCCUCUGAGGAUGAUGACAACCCGUUCUUGGAUGACAAACCUAUAGCUAAGAAAUCCUCCGAGGAUGAUAAUCCCUUUUUGGAGAGAAAGCCCGCGCCUCCGAAUCCGAAAGAUUGGAUGCGUAGGGCGAUGGGAUUUGUCGUCAGCCAAACCACGCACUUCUCAAAGUCUACUGGUACUCGUGUGCCCGCUUAUGGCAUAGGCAUCGAAGUCGAAAUGGAUAUUGACAAAGAUAUGGGCGAGGGAAUGGCUGCUGUAGCAAGAUGGACAGCUGCAAGCGAGGCUCGUCGGAACGAAGUGCGCUCAAAACUCAACCGAUGGGUAAAGCUGCAUGCUGGUCACGAGCCUAUUCACAACCUACCCCUUGCGGACCUUCCUCCUCUUCCAACUCCUGCGAAACCUUCUACCCUCACCCGACUACUUGCUUCAUCGUCGCCUAAAUCUCCCUCCUCCUCUAAGAUACUCGCGACACCUGGGUCUCCUACCCCUUCAUCUUCUCGAUCACCUACGAAGUCACCCACUAAACGACGUGACUUCGCUAUUCCUUUUCCUGUUACCCCUUCCAGUAGAACUGCGACCCCUUCCAAGAACUCUAUCUUGUUCCCUCAGACCCCCUCCCGACAUGGACGUUUGGAUCUGGCAGCUAGUCUGCUUACCCCUUCAACGUCUGGCUCCCGAACUCCCUCAACAUCUGGCUUUAGAACCCCUUCGACGUCUCGUCCUUCAACGCCAUCCCUAACUAAUACACCUUCUUCGUCAUCUUCAUUUUCUGUACCUUCCACGCCUGUUCAUCAACGAGGCUCAGAUGCUGUCACUGUACCACAAACACCCACUAGUUCAAGGCGUGAAGCUUUGUAUGAACGCGUACGGCAGCGAUCACUUCAAUCUACUCCAUCUAAGCACACUCCAGGAAUGGGUGGCAAAACACCUCGAAUGACUAAAGACCAAUUGAUGAAGUUGAGUCAAGAAGAAACGCGUAGAAAGUGCUUAUUGGGGCGCCUCGCUGGCGUCGCGGAAAGUGUCUGGAUGUUGUUCUCAAAUCCCUCUGGCUCGGCCGCUACUCCUACUAUUCGCAAACGGCGCACGCUUCCAGCUUCGGAGAUUGCAUCUGUAAUUCUGAAGUCAUCACCUGUACCAAUUUCGAUGGCAGAUGCUCAAGAAUCUCUGAAAUUGUUGACCUCACUCUGUCCGUUCUUCUUGCGUUCUAUAAACGUGGGUGGCGAAGAGUGGUUGGAGAUGCCUGCGCCUACUACGACCAAUGUUGCGGAGCCUUUAGCUAGCGCAAGCCCUCGAAAGAUGCCCAGUAGUCCCGGUCGCGUCCGGCGAAAGGACGAAAGCGCUGAAGAGCUCAGGACGAGAAGUCCGAAGACUGUGAAGCGAGAAGCUGGAGGUUUACGCGAAGUGCGCGAGAGGAUUCGCAGAGAGCUGGAACUGCACGACUGACUGUCGUUGUGGUUACGCUUAUUGUGCUGCUUGUCGAUGUUGGAUCUUAGAACAUGUACUUCGCCAUCUUGUAAGUCUGCAUAUAUUUUUAAACAUGAGCUCCCGCUAUCGCAAUGAUGAGUGUACAAUGAUAUGAGGUAUCUUGGUGCUGCUGCUGCUGUCAUGAACACCUGUUCAGGAAGUCCACCCAAAUAUCGUCCAACACGAACAACGCAGCCAUAUGACCGCCCUCUUCAUAUCUGCCAUGAGCAUUGGGCAUGUUCUUCACUAACCAUUCCCCCAUGCGAGUAUUGUCUAAAUCCUCCUUCGUCAUGACAACAAGGACAGGCUUUCGUGCGUGUUCCUCGUCCAGCCGAGUAGGGUCAUAUCCUCCCCAGUCAGAUUGGAAUACGUCGGCGACUGUCAAAAAUCCUUCCCAGGUAUUGGCUACGCUACGAUAGGC